CGCGGCCCUCCUGUCGCCGGUCACAUGCUUGUCAAGCUGGAUCACCUGACAUCACCCAGCUUCUCCUUUCGAUGCUCAGCCUUUCCAUCGACCGAUAGCUUGUCUUAAAAACAUCAUCGUUCCGUUGCUGGCGUCACAUUUUAAAUUUGAGCCGACGAUAUUUUGCCGAUCGAGCAGUUUAGACGUCCGGAUAGAUGCUGUUAGAGUGUAUGAUGAACGGACACGCUAUUUUGUAUACGGGGGUCACUUUGGCCUUCUGGAGCACCAUACUAAUCGUCGGUCUCUGCUAUACCAUAUUUGACCUCGGGUUCCGCUUCGAUGUGGCAUGGUUCCUGACGGAGACCUCUCCUUUCAUGUGGGCCAAUCUGGGCAUUGGCUUGGCCAUCUCUCUGUCCGUGGUGGGAGCAGCCUGGGGGAUCUACAUCACCGGCUCAAGCAUCCUUGGUGGCGGAGUCAAGGCUCCACGAAUCAAAACCAAGAAUUUGGUUAGCAUCAUCUUCUGUGAAGCUGUGGCGAUCUAUGGGAUCAUCAUGGCCAUUGUAAUCAGCAACAUGGCCGAGAACUUCUCUGGAACGACCCCCGAGACCAUCGGAGCAAGGAACUACCAAGCUGGUUACUCCAUGUUCGGAGCCGGUCUGACCGUCGGCUUCUCCAACCUCUUCUGUGGCAUCUGCGUGGGCAUCGUGGGCAGCGGAGCGGCGCUGGCCGACGCCCAGAACGGCAGCCUCUUCGUCAAGAUCCUCAUCGUGGAAAUCUUUGGCAGCGCCAUCGGCCUCUUCGGGGUCAUUGUAGCCAUUCUGCAGACAUCGAAGGUAAAGAUGGGUGACUAGAAGAGGCGCUCGCACGCUGAGAAGAUAAAAAAAAAGACACUGCUGGAAAACAAGACGGAUUAUUGUGUAAAUACAUCGUAAAUUAUUUAAAUGUCUCUAUCUUCCUGGUAUUGUUUUUAACGCAUCAUUUAUGCAAGAGUGGACCCAACUGUCUUUUCCUGAGAGAAACGUGAAUGUUGAAUGAGAUAAAUGGGGUAAAAAAAAAAAAAAAAAAUGCUAGUGUUGCAUCGUGUGCAUUUCUGGAUCAUCAGACCCCUCAGUUCAGUACGAUGAGCAGAACCGCAGGAGGUUCCGUCUGUUUCCUAACACCAGCCAGAGUGUUGUAUGAGAGCCGUGAAGACACCUCGCGGCUCCAUCACACCCCACUGGGUUCAUAGCAGUUGGGUUUAAAUCCACGCCGUACUUUUUCAGGCCACUCUUUGAUAAACGAUGAGUUUAAAAAUGACACCUGAGAAUUUGAAAAUAUUUCUGUGUGUGUGUAUGUGUGUGUAUGCUGGACAGGUGAUUAUUUUCAUUUCUUUUUUUUUCAUGUGAAGCAUGAGGGUGUUUGCCAUUGUGUUUAUUACUGUAGCCUGGUUUUCUUUUUCAAACUGUCCUGGUAAGAAUAAGCAAGUGGUCCUUAAUCCACGCAGUGGCCCAAACACAGUAUUUAUUUACUCCCGCUGUGAAACAGAACUGAUGCUUUAUGAUUGCAGUACUGAUCUGGAAUCACCAUUUUUCUUGAGGUCACUACACGGUUGGACGUGCUCUCGGAUCCUCCUUAACUUUAUGGAGCCAAGAUGUCGACAUUUGAUGCCAAUGAGCCUCCUGAACACAUCUGGCAGCCGUAACUUUCUUGUUUACCCUCAGAGUCAUCUCUAUUUCAUCUUUUUUUUUUUUUUUUGCAGAUGCAAUCCUUUCUCUAGUCAACCUUAAAAAGGUAAAAAGGGAGUUUAUUUUGGAGCCACUCCAUCACUAUUAGUACCUUACACUCAAUAUUCAUAGCUAAUAUUCCCUGUAGUAUCUCCUUGGUGGUUCUACAAGUCCUUACAAAUAACACUUUGCAAAGACUGGCGGUUGACUUUGUUUUUAUGUAAAACACCGGAGCAAUUACAUAAUCAACAAUAUAAAACAAUGCAGGCACAGAAGUUCUAUAGAUCCUCACUUUUAUUUUUUACUAAAGUCUCAAAUGCUUAUAAAUCUGCAUUCUCAUUGUUUUUGAACAUUCCUUCAAGAAGCUAAACGCGUGUGUGUGUGUGUCUGUGUGUAAAGCCGAGUUGUAUUUUUGGGUAGGGUGCAAUUCAAAGGAUAAAAUUAGACUUCUGCUCCGUCACAACAAAGCCAUCAAAAACGUUUUCAUGUUCUUUUCCCUUUUCUUAGCUGGUAGCUUUGCAGCACAGCUGAUCAUGGUAUCUGUGUAACUGGAUAAUUCCUCUGAACCUUUUGUCUAGUUGACGCCGGCACAGAGGAGCCGAAGGCCGCCCAAAGGUGUGGAACCAGAAUGUUUUCUAAUUGUACCCAGAUGUAACUCUAGCGCUUGUUGGGCCGACCCGGGCUGCGUACGGACGCCGGGCUUUCAGUGAGUGUCGUUGGUGCCGUGUGUGCGUUAUGUUGAUGUGGUGGUGAUCAGACAAUAAACUCAUUGUUUUUUUUUGACAUUGUGUAUGAUAAUAAAAAGAUCUUCCUUCUGGCUUCAUAAAUGUCCUUGAGAGAAUAAAGUUGUCCAAUCAA